GGUAACAAGUCACCGGGUUCUCCUUUCGACAAAGUAGAAGGAAAGGACAGACAAAGAAGAUUUGUGCUUGCUUCAUAAUAUACUAAAAUGACAAGGGACGAACAAGUGAAGGACAGAGACGCUGGAAGUGUUGAGCAGAAAGAUAUCAAUGAAAGGCCAAAAUGGGACAAUAAAGUUCAAUAUUUGCUAACCUGCAUAGGUUUUGCUGUGGGCCUUGGUAAUGUGUGGAGAUUUCCAUAUUUGUGUCAAAUCUAUGGUGGAGGGGCGUUUCUGAUUCCAUAUAUCAUUGCCUUGGUGCUUGAGGGACUUCCUCUAUUGCACAUGGAGCUGGCCAUCGGACAACGGCUCCGCAUGGGAAGUGUCGGAGUGUGGAACUCAAUCUCUCCAUAUCUGGGAGGUUUAGGUGUGGCUUCCAUGUUAGUAUCCUUCCUAGUUUGUCUGUUCUACAACAUGAUUUUGGCCUGGGUCCUCUGGUACUUCUUCCACUCCUUUCAAAGUCCACUGCCCUGGAGGGACUGCCCAUUAAACUUGAAUCAUACUGGCUAUGUAACUGAAUGUGAAAAGAGCUCACCGGUGAACUAUUUUUGGUAUCGUGAAACACUGAACAUAACAUCAGACAUCGAGACCAGUGGGUCCUUAGAGUGGUGGCUUGUGUUGUGUCUUGCAUCGGCUUGGUGCCUUGUGUACAUCUGCUUCAUACGUGGAAUUGAGACUAUUGGAAAGGCUAUUUAUGUCACAGCCACUUUUCCAUAUCUUGUUCUGACCAUCUUCUUGGUCAGAGCCUUGACUCUGUCUGGGGCAAGUGAUGGCUUAAUAUAUCUCUUCACUCCAAAAUGGGAAACUCUGAAGAAUCCUAAGGUCUGGUUGGAUGCUGCGACUCAGAUUUUUUUCUCUUUGUCUUUGGCCUUUGGGGGACUUAUUGCUUUUUCCAGUUAUAAUCCUCAGAAGAAUAAUUGCGAGAGAGAUGCCCUAAUCGUUGGAUGUGUGAACAGUUUUACGUCGAUAUAUGCGUCAAUUCCUAUUUUUUCCAUUCUUGGAUUUAAAGCAAAUGAAAACUACAAUGAUUGCCGAAAUUGGAACAUACUACGAUUGACAAAUGCAUUUAACAUUGCGGAUGAAAACAUAACUCUUGAAAACUAUGAUCACUGGUUAAACUAUCUCAAUACAACUGAUCCCUCAGAGGUUGAAAGCCUCGGUCUAAAAACCUGCAAUCUACAGACUUUCCUGGACCAGAGCGCUUCUGGAACUGGAAUUGCCUUCAUUGUGUUCACUGAGGCGGUGAUAAAAAUGCCAUGCUCUCAGGUAUGGUCGGUCCUAUUCUUUGUAAUGCUCUUCAGUCUUGGCCUGUCCUCCAUGUUUGGAAAUCUAGAGGGAGUCCUUACCCCUCUGCUGGACCUGCACGUGGUCCCACCCUGGAUGCCUAAGGAGAUUUUCACAGGGUUAAUAUGUCUCACCUCCUUUACUGUGGCUCUCAUCUUUACUUUGGGAUCUGGAAACUACUGGCUGGAGAUUUUCAACAGCUACGUGGGAUCCAUGCCUCUGCUCAUUAUAGCGUUCUUUGAGAUCAUCAGUGUAGUAUAUAUCUAUGGAAUAAAUAGGUUUAAUGAUGACCUUGAGUGGAUGACAGGUCGGAGGCCGAACAUCUACUGGCAAGCUACUUGGCGCUUUAUCAGCCCAUUCAUGCUACUGGUGGUUUUUGUUGCAUACGUUGUGACUGGGGCUGAACAACGACCAACUUAUAAUGCCUGGAACCCAGAUUAUGUGAACUUCCCCCUUGCUGAUGUUCUGCACUAUCCAGAAUGGGUUUUUGUUAUCUGUGUCCUCUUAUCUGUCCUUCCUAUUGUAUCCAUUCCCCUUGUGGCUCUCUACAGAUUCACCGGUUUCCUGAAGAAGUACAUCAUGAACAGGCACAAUCAAAACCCAUAUGCAAAUGAACUCUGUAAUGGAGAAUCGUAAUUGAAAAUUUUUUUGCUGUUCAAUCAGAAUGGUGGUCAGUACUGCCAAUAGUGCGUGAGAUAUUUUAUCAUUUAAUAACUUCUUAAAUUUUUAUCUUUAUUUAGAAAGAAAGGGGCAAAGAAAAGUUUUUACUGGUUAUUUUCCUUUUUUCCUCUUUCUUUGUAUAGUAUGUUAUUGCUAGUUUCUAAUUUUAUUACAGUCCAAAUUACAUUAUCACUACUAUAGUGUAUUGGCAGUAGCAGCUGUAAUUUCAGUAUAUUUGCUAAAUUAAAACAAAUCAAAUUUGUCUUACUUUACACUAUUGUAUUUAUAUUGGGGAAGGAAAUGUAAACACAGCCAGAUCAAAUCAAUGUUGGACAAUAUCCCUGAGAAAAAUAUUAACCAAUUACCAAAGGCUGGGACUGAAUAUUAGAUUUGUGUUAAAAUUUUAUUAAAGGAAGAAAAAAGUUAAUUUCCUGUGUUGAUGUUGUAAAUGGGAAAGAACAAAGAGGGAUGGAUAACUUUUCUGAAUGGUUUGUUAUAAGCACAUUAUUAAUUUUCCAAAACAAUAUCAAGCACAAUAUUUUUCAAGAAUUUAGCACAAAUGUGUACAAGCAUUGCCGCAUGAGCUGAUGUUUGUAGAAAUAUUGUAUUUUUAUGUUCAUAUAAUAUAGUUAUCUGCUUUCUACACUCUGUUACCUGCGAGUUCGAAGAGUGAUGUAUUGUUGCGUGAUGUGCCCUUUAUGUAGCGUUUUUGCACGUCAACAGUGCAUGUGGGUGUAUGAGAGUAGUAGGACUGUGCUUGUGUGUGUGAGGAUUCAUGUCCUCACUGGCCAUGCGCAUGUGUGUGCGUGUGUGUAUUUUGAGUCAUACAAGUUACACAGUUGUCCUUUUUGUGGUGUGGGUGGACAGUGAUAUUGUCUCCCCAGUGUCACGUGCUUUGGAAUAUGCUGGCUGCCUUUGUUGUCCCUCUGCCUGUUCUGCUUUUCUGGCACUUUCAUACAAUGGUGCACUUGAACACUGUGAUGUUAUUAAGCCUUUCAAACUACUACAGCUUGAAUUCCAGCUCUCAGGAAAGACUAGCAUCCCAAUGUAGAAUACAUGGCACAAGAUCAUCAAGGAACAACGGCAAGGAUUGAGUGUAACAUCAGAACAAAGGUGACGACUGACCCUGCAUUGACUUAUGAGCGCUUUAAUUAUUGUCAGUUUAAGACUGCAUUUAUAGAGCUAUGCAAGGUGUCACACUAAUGCUACUUUCAAUAUUGCCAUAUCUAAAUACCCAACUCUUGUUGUUGAUAUGCUUUUUCUGUUGUAAUCUGAUUUAUUGACCCAUUGCAGCGAUUAUUUAUGCCUCUGGUAUAUUUGAGCAAAAAAAAAAAAA